CCUCCCCUCCCCUCUCGCUCUGCUCUGCUCUGCUCUGCUCUGGUGCUCGGACGAGUUCGGAGACGACGACAAGACAAGAAAGUCAAGUCGGUCGUUCGUUGAGAGGGGAGGGGUGGCGAGGGGUGGGGCGGAGUGGGGGCAAUUCUGUUCUGUUAGGACGCAAGACCGGGGUUGGGAGUUUAUAUGACUGGACUGGCCUGCAGACGAUUGGAUUUGUUGGUUUGGUUGGUUGGUUGGUUGGCGUGGAUUCGAUGCUGGGACAGAGAAGAUCCAAAUGAGGCGCAGGCCUGGGAGGGCAGCCCUCCGCAGGUGGUGGUGUUGCUCCGCGAACAAGCUCUGGAGCGCGGGAGGGCUGCUGCUCUGUGGCGUGCUGUUUCUGUACCUGAGUUUCGGAUGGGCGACCGCCGAGCAUCGAUGGAGUCCCGCGCAGAAGAUCAAGAGAAUGAAUGGAACGUUCUCGUCGAGCAAGGUGCUGUUGCAAAGCGAGAAUGUCGAGGAAAGCUCGAAGACGGAGUGGAUCACCAGGCAAUUGAACGAUCAGAUGACGCUGGCCAAGUGGUUCAUUGUCAUAGCGCAGGAGAAUAACAAUGUGAAGUUGGCCUGGGAGCUCAGCGCCGUCAUUCGCUCGUGUCAGCAGUUUCUGUCCGGGACGGCCACUCGAGGGGGUGCGCUGCUCGAGUCCGAGGCGGAGCCGAUCCUUGCAAGGCUCUCGGCUCUGAUUGCCAGCGCCACGGAGCACAACUACGACAGCGCCACUUUGAUCAUGAAGCUGAAAGCCAAACUUCAAUCCUUGGAUGUGCAGGCCACCGUCGCGUCGGAACAGAGCGUGACCUUCGGCCAGGCUGCAGCCGAAGCCAUGCCCAAAAGCCUCCAUUGCCUGGGCUUGAAAUUAACUUAUGUCUACGGCACGGAUCGCUCCGUGAGAGAUUUAGCCGGCCAAAAGUUGCACCUGUCGAAAUUCACGGACAACUCCUUUUACCACUUCUGCAUCUUCUCUGAUAACGUGCUGGCCGUGUCCGUGGUCAUGAACUCGACUGUGAUCAAUGCCGUGAGACCUGACGAGCUGAUUUUCCACAUUGUCACUGACCAAGUCAACUACGGCGCCAUGGAGGUGUGGCUGGGCAUGAAUGACUUUCGGGGUGCUUCGUACGUGGUGCAGAGAAUCGAGGACUUCACCUGGUUGAAUGCGUCCUAUGUGCCUGUGAUGAAGCAGCUGGAGAGCUCCGAGUCACAGAGCUACUACUUCAAGGGCAACGAGCAGGAAGCCGCGGCCGUGAAUUCGCGGGCCUUGAAAUUCCGCAACCCCAAGUACCUGUCGAUGCUCAACCAUCUGCGAUUCUACAUCCCGGAGAUUUUCCCCGAACUAAACCAGGUGAUCUUUCUGGACGACGAUGUGAUUGUACAGAAGGAUCUGACGCCGCUCUUCUCCCUGGAUCUGCACGGAAAUGUCAACGGUGCGGUGGAGACUUGCCUCGAGACCUUCCACCGAUUCCACAAGUAUUUGAAUUUCUCUCAUCCUCAAAUCAGGUCACACUUUGAUCCAGAAGCGUGUGGGUGGGCCUUCGGCAUGAAUGUUUUCGAUCUUCUGGCUUGGAAACGGGCGAAUGUCACCGAACGCUAUCAUUACUGGCAAGAGGCAAAUGCGGAUCGAACCUUGUGGAAACUAGGCACCUUGCCCGCAGGCCUUCUCGCUUUCUAUGGACUUAUCGAGCCACUGGACCGGUCCUGGCACAUUUUGGGGUUGGGCUAUGACCCCAACGUCGACAGCAAGCUGAUUGAGAGCGCGGCAGUGAUUCAUUACAAUGGAAACAUGAAACCAUGGCUCAAGUUGGCCAUGAGUAGAUACAAGCCCUAUUGGGACGCGUAUGUAAAUUUUGAUCAUCCAAUUCUACAGGAGUGUAACUUUCAGUGACGGAGUUGAUCACCACCAUCGUGGCCCCCACUGCUGCCUGUGUCGAGUUUUGAUUUCGUGAGCUUGACUACUCUCGCAGGAGACUCGGACUCUUUCUGCAGCAUUCCACAGGUCAUUGCCCCAUCCGUCUCCAGAUGCCGUCCAGUUUCUAUUCGUGAGCCACUCGGAUUUCCCUACGCCCUGCGUUUUCUCUCCGACUCUCUCC